AUGAUUCCUGCUACCAAAGAUAAGAGUAAAGGUCGUGCGAGUGGUGGUCUGAUCACAUUGGUUAGACGGGAUUUUUUCUCUGAAGUAACAUUAGUCGAUGCAUGUAAUUUGUGGAUCUUUGUAUCAAUAAAAUAUGAAAAUAAAGCAUAUAAUAUCGGAAAUGUAUAUUGGCCUCCAAAAGUGGAUGACAGUUAUUGUGUGGGAUCUUUGGAUGAUUUUCUUACAAGUUUGGAGGACUCAGAGUUUCGAAGUGCGGGAACAAUUGUUAUGGGCUAUUUUAAUGCGAGACUGGGAUGUUUGAAUAGUUUUGUUGACGAAAUUUUCGAUGAAACAGAGCUGAUUGGAUUAAGAAAUUCAAUGGAUAAUAAAGUGACAAAACGAGGUAAGCAACUCACUCUUGCUAUGGAGUCGACCGGGUUUAUUUUGUGCAAUGGUCGCUCGCCUUCUGACAAUCCUGCCAACUAUACUUAUGUUUCAAAAACGGGUUGCAGUGUAACAGAUUUUGUUUGGCUUAAUAUAAGUUUGAUUAAAUUAUUCUGCGAUUUGACUGUAUUAAAUUUUUCUGAUAGUUCAGAUCAUUUUGGGGUUUGUAUAGAACUAGAUGUCUCAACGCAGUCUAGAUUGGUUCAGACGGCUGUAGGUUUUCCUGUGGAAAAUAUAAAAUGGGAUGAAACAAAAAUUGAUGAUUACUUGUAUAACCUGUCAGGUUCAACACUAUUGUAUUUUAAUAGCGAAGACACUGAUUGCCUCUUCAAUAAUUUUAAAAUAGCAAUCCUAGAUAGUGCUAGAAAGACUGGAAUGUUGACUGUGAAAAAAUCAUCUGAAAGAGUGAAUAGCUUUAUGGCAAAAAAACCCUGGUUUGAUUGUAAGUGCAAUGUGGCUAAACGCAAAGUAAAUAAAGACUAUAAAAAGUUUAAAAGUAAUAAACAGAGUUUGGAACUAUUAGAAAAUUAUAUUUCUGCUCGAGACCAAUAUAAGAAAAUCGUUGCGCAGGCCAAAACAGAAUAUAAUGGUCAAAUUCAGGUUAAAUUAAGUAAUUUAAGUAGCAGCAAAGAGUUUUGGAAUACGGUUAAACUGUUUAAUACUAAGGACUAUCGAUCCAACGGUGUGGAAUUGGAUGCAUGGGUAGAAUUUUAUAAGGAUGUUUAUCCCGGAAGGUGUAUAAAUGAUAGAAUUUUUGUAACUGUUUUGCAUCCUUAUUUGGAUUCUGAAUUUAGUUUAGAUGAACUAAAUAAGGUUUUAUCUAAAUGUAGUAACAAUAAGUCACCUGGUCCCGAUAAAAUUGUUAACGAAUUUCUAAAAAAUUUGCCGUCGGAAUGGUCUCAUUAUUUUCUCAAUAUGAUUAAUAGAAUUUUUGAAAGUGAAAACGUGCCGAGAUCGUUUGCAGAGGUGAAUAUGUCUAUGUUAUAUAAGAAGGGGGAUCACACCGAUCCAAUGAAUUAUAGAGGCAUUGCCUUGUUAAAUUCUGUCACAAAGGUUUUUACCUCUCUCCUUGCAAAGAGGCUUGGGGGAUGGGCGGAGUCUUGCCGUCUAAUUCCUGAGGAACAAGCGGGCUUUCGAGCAAAGAGAAUGGGAAACAUCAAGGGCGGAAAGAGUGUGCGUCUUGAUACGAUUAUUUGGCCAGAUGGUGGAAUUGUGCCCGCUUAUGUUGAGCAAGGUGGUGAGAAAAUUGGAAUGCCCUUGUAUCAAAUAGUAACUGCACUCGCACCACCAUUCACGAUGGUCAUCAGGGUGAAAUAA